ACAAUUCUCACACUUUCCCUUGUCCGGUGUAACACAUGUGACUGUUUCGGAAACCCCACGGGCUGAUUUAUGGCGCGGCGGCCCGGGGCACUCGCCCAUGUCACACACCAAGUAGAAAUUUAACGGGUUAUGAAAAAAAAAAAUGCAAAACUUUAAAAUACAUAUUACGUUUAACUUUUUGUUAUCAGAAGUCGAUUUUUUAAAAAUAAGUCUUUUUCAGACACUAGAAUAUUAUGAAUUCGAAGUCCGACGCCAAAAUGACAAAUGCCAUAAAAUUCAACACAGCGGAAGCAAUUUGUUCUUUACCCAGGUAUAAUUUUUAUUUUUUUAGCUAAACUUUCUGUUAAAUGAAAUACAAAUGACCAAAUUGCCGCUGACGCUGAAUUUUGACAGUUACCGAGUAUCGCUGGUUGCCUAACGUUAAUGUUUCGAAAUGUGGGCGAUCGAGCGCCACCAAGCGGAUCGCGGAAGAAACGUAAACGAGAUGACGGCGAAUCGAGAAAACCGGAUCUGCUCCGAGGCAAACGAUCAAGCUGGAAGCGUGGCGAAACGACGACGGGCUUCCUACAUACGGCCGGCACUUGGUGGCCAUGGUGCGACUACUGGAAGACCCCCCAGCAUACCCUGUUCCAGCUGGCGAACGUGUGCUUCGUGUUGGCGUAUUCGUCGACGUGUUCCAAGAAGGGAGUCCUGUUCAUGCACUGCUGGUUGAUACUGGGCCUGAUGCUGUUCUCCACGUAGGCGUGGAACAUCAUCUGUGCCCCGGACGUGUUCACGUGGAACUUCGCCUUCAUGCUGAUCAACAUGGCGCAGGUUUUCCACAUCCUGUACCAGCUCAGACCGGUCACGUUCGAUCCCGAAUUAGAGGAAGUGUACCACACGUUGUUCGAACCUUUCAAGCUGGCCCGUCUUCAGUUCAAAAGGAUGGGGGCCCGGAUUUCGCGCAGAUCAUGCACGCGGGCGAAGCAUACGCGGUGCAGAAUUUAACCAGGACUGACCGGCUCGGACUGCUGCUGUCAGGAAAGGUCAGUGAAGUUUCAAUUUCGAUAGAUACCACAUAGGACGUAGGGCCAAUCCAUAUAAUCCAUUUCGUCCUAUUCCGUGGAUGUCGAACCAGAUUUAGAUUAUUCGCCACUCAUCGAGAGGUGGCAGCACAGUCUAGAUUUUGCGGUUUUGAGCCUCACGCGUCAGGUAUAUUAUAUAUGCGUUUAAUCGGAAAAAAUAGGAAAUUUUUAUAUACUUUCAAAGAGUGCCGUGACUGAUAAAUAUAAAUAUUUUAAUGUUUGACAUAUCAGUAAACAACGUUGAUGGUUGAACUAUUGUGCAAGUCAUUGUCAAAAUGGUUUUUCGUGAAUUUAGUAUCCGUGAAAAGAAUGAUAUGCUUCCUAAUUUCUGAAUAAUACAAGUGCAUAUACAAAAUACAAAACAUAUAUCCGAGGCUGGCAAAGAAAGUUGGGGAAAACGCUAUCCUAUUAAGUGCUAAAAAUAAAGCAAACAUAUUAGAAUUCUAUGAAGCACAUCCAGAUUCCUCUAUUGCUAGAGUAUAUGAAGAGACAGGUGUUUCUCGGGGAUUAAUCCACUCAGAUUUGAAAGAAUUUAAAUAUAAUCCAUUUAAUUUUUCAAAGAAACUUCCACAGGCUUCUGUUAUACUUCCUGUUGGCUUCUUCAGAGCUUGACUGAAACUGGCUUGCAUUUUACUCCGUACCUGCUUUUAUAUUGUUUGAGGGGGCUGAGCUAAAUGAGGGACAUAAACACCAUCUUGUAUGACCAUAUUGGUGGCAGGUAAAGACUUGAGUCGCGGUUAAGAUUGUUAUGUUGCUUAUAGAUUUCUAUAUACUCUCGGAUUUUUCGUUGGUUAGUUUUUAAUACCUUUUACAACAAAUACCCUUUCGACCACCCACCUAUUUUUAUAUUUACGUUUUCUGUAUGUAUGUUUUUAUGUAUGUAUGUAUGUUAUGGCGUACAGAGUAUAACCUAAAACGAGUAGUAGCAAUAUUUCAACAAAUUAAAUGCAUAAUAAAUUUGUGUGUAAUCAAUAGGAAUUUUUAUAUAUCUUUUCAGCUCCGGUAGUAACAGAAUAACAAUAAAAAAAUAAUAAAAUCUCGUUAUCGGUUGCUUUUGGCAAAAUGAUCCUAGCUGAAGUGGCCAAUAGAAGUAAAGAAGAAGACGUGGCUUCGUAGACGCGAACGGCAGCCAACAAUACAAGCGUGCGAAUGUGCAACGAACUGGCAAUACCGGCCAGACACGUAAACAUGCUUACGAAACCGCGUUUUUAUAAUGCACCGACAAAAAUAAUUAAUAUAUUAUUGGCGCUCGCAGACCGUGAACUAGAACGUCCUUGAGAACGUCUUUCGAUUGCGAUUUAUGCAAAAUGAGCGCGAUUCGAAUACGCAAACAAGUGUCAAAUUUAACACAGGUGGUCUGUCACCGUACCGGUAAUGUUGCCUGUGACCUCGACCAUGGAUCAAAGCAAGAGGGCCGCUCACCGGGCACAGAGGAAUCUAUGAAAUUAAGGACACUUCUAUGCCUGUAUAAAGGGGACAAAACCAAAUAAGACUUUUUCACCAACAAAGAUACAUAUUCCACGAAUCUAAGUCUACAAUCAAAUAUAACAGCAAAGCUUUAAUUACAAUUCACAGUUUUCACAGAACCUUGCGGCACACCACAUGAAACAUGAAAAAGGCUUUAGAGUAAUCGAAAGAUAUAAGUGCCGUCGCAAGACCAUUAUCUAAAGAAGUAAUAAUGUGAUCGUUAUGUGUAAAUGUAGACUAAUAGUACUAAAACCUUUACGAAAUUGGACGAAGGUCAGAGAACUGGCUCUGAUUGUUAUUUUUUGCCAAUGGUGUGAUCAAAGCAAUUACCAGGAAAAUAGCCUACUUCCGAAGAGCAAUUAAUAAUAAGUGUAACGUAAGCAUUCUAGCAGGUACACAAUCAA